AUGGAUUCGAUUAUUGUAGACACAGAAGUCAUAGGAAGCGAUGGAGCUGUCAACAAAAGGCGAAUCUUAUACGAAUUUCAAAUAAAAAAUAGUGGAGGAGCCGUUACAGGGGAUUUUAUACUUCAAAUUACAGAUCCUUCAGAUCCAGGCUUUCUCUUUGAUAUGAUAAUGCCAUCAAGCAACUUUUCUAAAAUUAAAUCAGAAUUAAAUCUUCUAUGCGAGUUUAUAGAUUUCCCAAAAAGUUUUAACAAAUUGCUUUCAAAUUGUAAUGAUCACUCUAGUUGGCAAUUAAUAAUUGAUUCAAAGUCAUUUGAUGUACCUAUGCUAGUUAUUCGUGAACGAACAGAGUUUAACAUCAUUUACCAUCUUAAACUACAAGUUGAACAAGCUUCUGAUGCUAGACUGAACGAAUAUCUUACUUCAGAGGUUAAAAAAUACAAAUUACUUGCAGAACAAAAUUCUAAAAAAGUUGAACAACUUGAAUCAAAUGUUAUUAAAACAACUGAACAAUCUCAAACAAUGACGAAGCAACUCGAACAGAGUUACAAAGAUCAGCUAGAAGAACUUACUCAAGCUAAAACACAAAUAAUUCAAGAAUACGAAUCGAAAUUGAGAUUAAUCAAAAGCCGAUUUAAUUCUGAACUAAAAUCCAUUGAUGAGAAAAACAAAUCUCAAUUUCAGCAAUUAACUCAUCAAUAUGAUGGCCAAAUUCAGCAAUUAACUUCUGAAAACAAAGAAUUAAAAGAAUCUAAGUAUGAAUUAAAUGCUACAAUUGCUAAAUAUACAGAAAGAGUUCAGUUACUUGAGUCCCAAGUGAAUGAACUCAAAUCAGAUCUACAACGCAAAGAAGAAGAUGGAAAGCAAUUUAAUUCAACUUUACUACAGACAACUCAUAAUGAAGCUACACUUAAAUCAAUGAAUAGCUCACUUAUGAAUGAAAAUUCUCAACUUAAACAACAAAUAGAAAAAAAUUCACAGCAAAUCAACCAAUAUGUAGAACAAAUUCGAAAGAUAUUAAGUGAAUCAUCGCAAAAAGAUAGCAUAAUAGAAGAAAUGAAUCAUAAAAUAUCAGAAUACCAAGAACAGCUUUCUCAGUUUAAUAUGAUUAAAGUAAAAUCCAAAGAAGUUAUUGAGAAAUAUCUCUUUCAGAAUAAUGAGUUAAAAGCAAAAUAUUCUGAAUUAUAUAAUGACUACCAAAAAGAUGAAGAAUAUAUCAACCAGUUAAAGCAAAGCCUCGAAAAAGGUAGCGAGAUUCUAAACCAAUAUCAAUCUCAAAUACAGGAACUCAAAGAAAAGAACGAUGAACUAUCUUUAGAGGUAAGUGAUUUACAUAAUAAUCUUCAGGUCUCAGAAAGUACAAUUAAAACUCUAGAAAUCCAAUUAGAACAGAAAAGUAGUGCAUUUAAUCCACAACUAACUUCUUUUGGAUUAAAAACGAACCAAUACGGGCUGAAUAACGAUUCAAGUGUUAGAGGUCAGCUUUGGAGUAGUUUAAAUUAA